GAUUUAGAAAAGGAGGGAGGAGGUGACACCAUUGAUCAGCACCCCGUCUUCAGCCCCCAGACCUGGAGAGAGCUGUAGGCAGUGGACUGUAAACACUGGCAAAUAUUGACAGACGUCAAGGUCGUGGAGGACCAUUUGGCCCAUGCCUGUUGGGGAAGGAUAAACCUGCAGUUUAACGCGACUGGUCAGCUGGUUUGCAUUUCUAGAAACUGGGAAAUUUCUUAAAAUUUUAAAUCUGGCAGCUCUUUAAUCAUUGUUUGCGGUUGCAGAGCCACGGACUACACUGUCUUCUUUCUGCUGUUCUUCCCUGUUACAGGAAGGGCUUUUCUUUUUCACAUUUGUUCCAGGAGGAAAAUAGAACUACUCUAGAAGGAAGUUGUUCUGAUCCUAAGUGGUUAGAAGGGCUUUUGAUCGAAAUCACGGUUUAAUUUCACUCUGGUUCAAGUAACUGCUCGCCAAAUGCUUUGUUGGGUUGUGUGCUGUCUGAUGUGGCUGAUUUCUGCCUUAGAGGUGACAAUUUCAAAAUCCUGAGACGCCAACUAUUGGAAACUCUAGGACUGAUACUUGGGAAGGAAUUACUUGUUCAGGAAUGGAUAACUCGUGGUUGAGUUUGACUACAGUGCCUAUGAUCUGCUUGGAAACCUAACUUCAGAAAUUCUUGGAGAAUGAGGAUUGGGAUGUACAUGCAAUGGGAGAGAGAGGACACGAGAGCUGUUCGGAACUUCCUCCAGUGGACAACAGUGUGUUUGUUGCAAAGGAAGAAGAAGGACAGAUUAUGGGGGUGUACCUUUGUAUCAGAGGCUACCACCUGGUGGGAGAACAGACUUUGGCCCUCAGUCUCUCAGAGGAGUGGGAGGGUCCCUCCCCUGAGUGCCGCUUGGGCCACUGUCCCGAGCCUGUACUGGAAAAUGGCAGGAUCAAUUAUUCUGGGCCUGUGAAUGCAGGUGACAAAAUCAUGUUUAAGUGCAAUGAUGGUUACAUCCUCAAGGGAAGCAAUUGGAGCCAGUGCCUAGAGGACCACACCUGGGCACCUUCCUUGCCCAUAUGCCAAAGUAGAGACUGUGACCCCCCUGAGAUUCCUAGCCAUGGCUACUUUGAAGGAGAGUCUUUCACUUCGGGAUCUGUUGUUACUUAUUACUGUGAAGACAGGUACCGUUUAGUGGGCACACAGAAGCUACAAUGCAUUGAUGGAGAGUGGAGCAGUUCCUGUCCUACCUGUGAGCCUGUUCAGGAAGCCCCAAGACCUGCUGAACAGAUUGCACUUGAGAAAGCAAUUCUUGCCUUUCGGGAGAUUAAGGACCUUUGUGGUGCCACAGAGAGUUUUGUGAGAAGACUGAAGGAAAGCGGACUAACCAUGGAAGAAGUGAAGUAUUCCCUGGAGAUGAAGAAAACUAAGCUGAAGGCAGACAUUUUACUGAAAUAUCAUAGCUAAGCAAGAUGGAAACAGAAAUACCCUGUGAAUAAACAGCUUCUGAAGGUG